GUGCUCCUGGCGGUGAAGAUGGCGAUGAACAAUUUCCUCUUCGCUCAGUGUAUCCUCUAUUUCCUGGCCUUCCUCUUCAGCUUCAUCGCCGUCAUCCCGCUCUCGGAGAACAGCGCCGACUUCCACGGGAAAUGUCUGCUCUUCACCGAGGGAGUGUGGCUGAGCGGGAACGUGUCCCUGGAGAGGGAGCACUUCACUGUGGAGGAGUGGGGGCCGGAGCCCGCCUGCAGGUUCAGCGUCUUCACCGGACUCGUCUCCCUGCUGGCCGCCGCCCUCCAGGCCUGGAGGUCCCUCUUCCUCAUCUGCAAGGGGCACGACGACUCUUUCUUUUACGCUUUCCUAAAUCUGCUGAUCAGCUCUUUUGUGGUUUUCGUUACCUUUAUUGCCAGCACCAUCGUGAGCGUUGGGUUUAACAUGUGGUGCGACGCAAUUACGGAGAAAGGAAGUAUGCCCAACAGCUGCGAAGAACUCCAGGACAGAGAUCUUGAACUUAACCUAGAAAAUUCAUCUUUCUAUGACCAGUUUGCAAUUGCCCAGUUUGGUCUUUGGGCUUCCUGGCUUGCGUGGCUGGGAAUUACUAUCCUUGCAUUCUUGAAGGUCUACCACAAUUACAGACAGGAAGAGCUGGUGGACAGCCUUAUUCAAGAGAAGGAACAUUUGAUUGGAAAGCCGUCACCCAGAAACCCUAUGCAUGAAGAGAAGAGUGGAAUGAUAUAA